GGUCUAGGAAGUGACUGCGCGGGAACGCCUACGGUUUAUAUUGGCCAAUGAGGACCAAGAGGACCGCCAGGGCGGGGCCUGGUGGUUUGAAACACUGGCGCCGACAACCGGGAAGAUGGCGGCCCGGCCGCGGAGGCUUGGCCCUCUGUCUAUGAUGCUGACCCAGGGCAGCUUUUGCAAGGACGCUGAGACGAUUGGCGAGCCAUGCUUGACGACCUCCAUGGAGUGGGAUACGCAGGUGGUGGAGGGGUCCUCGCCGAUCGGCCCCACAGGGCUGAGGGCGGACAAGCAGCCCACCGGCCCGAGGCUGCCGCCUUGGCUGCAGCCCGAGAGGUGCGCCGUGUUCCAGUGCGCGCAGUGCCGCGCCGUGCUCGGCGACUCAGUGCACCUCGCCUGGAACCUGUCGCGGACCCUUGGGGCCGUGGUCCUCUCCAAAGUCACAAAAAACGUCGUUUUGGAAGACCCUUUUCUGGUUGGCAUCGAGGGUUUGCUCAAAUGCAGCACUUAUAACCGAUUAUUCUGCAGUUCCUGUGGGAUUCCCAUGGGUUUCCAUCUGUACUCCACUCAUGCUGCUCUGGCUGCCCUGAGAGGUCAUUUCUGUCUUUACAGUGAUAAGAUGAGUUGCUAUCUCUUAAAAACAAAAGCCAUAGUAAAUGCAUCUGAGAUGGAUAUUCAUGGUGAACCUCUACUAGAAAAGAUUACAGAGCUGAAAGAGAAGAUGAUGCUGAUGCACACUUGCUUAGACACAGUCAUGAAGACUCUGAAGGAGGGGACCCCUGACCAGUCCAAGCCAGAAAACUGAUCCAGAACCCAGGCUUGAGUAUAGACUUCAGGCCUAUACUUCAGGCCAGGUACCUUCAGCCACCGGGGCUGUUUGAUUUUUUUCUUUUCUGAAAGGUCUUACUCUAUCCCAGGCUGGCCUUGAACUCUCAGUCCUCCUGCCUCACCUCCCGUGUGCCACCAUGCCUAGCUUGUUUGGUCAUUUCUUGGAAAAAAGAAAUAGGCUUCAAGAAUGGGGGGAGGAAAUUAAAAAUAAAAACAAAGUAAAAAAAGAAUGGUGGGAGGAAAGGUGGUUUAUUAUUGUUUUCUUCUAGUCUGAUUUUCCAAAGACUUGGGAAGCUGUUCUUAGAAGCUAAGACAUUAGGGCUGGGGAUUUAGCUCAGUGGUUCCGUCGCCUACCCCAUAAGCGCAAGGACCCGAGUUUGAUCCCCGGUACCAAAAAAAAAAAAAAUUUACUGUGAAAGAUUACUAGUGUCUUACUUACCACUUCUUGACUGCAUCAAGGGGUGUGUCAACUGACUGAGCUAUCCUCUGUCCAUGGAGACUGUUAAGAUGUUCACUCAAUGAGGUAAUCACCUGUUGACAGAUUUCUCAGACUGUUCCUUUAGUUAUGUCAUGCAUUAAAU